AUGAAAAUGAUUCUAAUCUUUGCUUCUUUUCUAUGCUUCCUUGGAGGAAUCGACGCUCAAUUAGCAUGUGCGUCGUGUAACGAUUACCAGGACGACCUCUUUCCAUCGGGUUCCAGUUUCCCUCGAGUGAAAUUGGUGUUUAAUAGUUUCAUCGGCGACGAUGGUUGCAAAGUUGGCAGUUUCAAGUGCAUUAGCUUGGAGAAAGGAUACAACAGUACAGCUGUCAUUAUGAACCCGACAACUGGUGAACAAUUAGCAACCUUUGCGCCGAGCCAAACUGAAAGUAUUGGUGGAAAUAUCACUUGUGUGGCUUCGUCGAAUUCAGCUGAUUGGCGAUUCAAUGGAGUGUACAGAGUCGUCUAUCCAUUGCGGUUGGAGUUGGACGACGGAUUCACUGUUAGAAAGAGGACGUCUCCCCAACCAACUACUCCUACCACAACCACUACUACGGUUAAGCCUACUACAACUACUUCUGAUUGUGGACAAUAG